GGAACUACUGUCAACGGUAGUUUUAAUGUCCUAACCUUAAAAUAUUUUUGAAAUGCCCUUAAAGUUUUUGCAAAAAUCUUCUAGUCUUUUACAAAAUUUUAACAAUAAAUGUAGAUUCAAACACAAUUGGAUACAACCUGAAGGGUACGAUACAGGAAUAAAAGUAUAUAAUUGUGUAACAAAAUCGAAAGUUCCUUUGAUAUUGAAAAAUAAAAGUUUUACAAAAUGGUACACUUGCGGGCCAACAGUUUACGAUACAUCCCACAUAGGACAUGCAUGCUGCUACACCAAAUUGGAUAUUAUACAGGGCAUUUUAAAAAAGCAGUUCAAUGUGAAUUUGGUUACUGUUAUGAACAUUACCGAUAUAGAUGAUAAAAUUAUUAAUAAGAGCAUUGAAACAAAUAAAUCGCCAAAAGAAAUAGCCAAAUACUAUGAGAGAGAUUUUUGGGAUGAUUUAAAUUUAUUAGGAAUAUCUCAACCUGAUAUAGUUUUAAGAGUAUCUGAUAACAUAAAUCUUAUAGUGAACUUCAUAGAGCAGCUAAUGGAAAGUAAGUUUGCUUAUCAAUCAGAGGAUUCAGUUUAUUUUGAUGUAUCUAAAUAUGAGAACUAUGGAAAACUACAAAGUAUAGGAGAAGGUACCAAUACAAAAAUUCCAAACAAGAGAAAUACUGCCGAUUUUGCUUUGUGGAAAGGAAGUAAACCAAAUGAACCCUAUUGGGAGAGCCCCUGGGGCCCAGGUCGACCAGGAUGGCAUAUUGAAUGCUCAGCCUUAGCCAGCAGUACUUUUGGCUCAGAAAUAGACAUCCACGCUGGAGGAAUGGACUUGCGAUUUCCACAUCAUGAAAAUGAAGAGACUCAAUCAUGCGCAUUUCACAAUAAUUCACAGUGGGUAAAUUAUUGGAUGCAUACUGGUCACCUUCAUUUAAAAAAUGCAGAGAAGAUGUCAAAAUCAUUGAAAAACACAAUAUCCAUUAAGGAUCUUCUUAAAACUGUGGAUCGUGAUGAUUUUAGAAUGGCAUGCACAAUGUCACAUUACAAAUCGGCAAUGGAAUACAGCGAGGAGUUCAUGCAAACAGCCAAAAAUGUGCUGAAUUUGUACAAAAAGUUUAUAGUUAAUUGUAGUGAAUACAAUAAGGGGAUAUUAAAGGGUGAACUAAAUAGUGAUAUUUUGAGCAGUUUAGUUCACAAUACUGCUGAGGAUAUCAACAAAUCCUUAUGCAAUGAUUUUGAUACACCAGGUGUUAUAAACACAUUAAACCACGUGGUUUCUACUGUUAAUGCUAUGUUGCAUUCAACACCUGCAAGAGAAGGGAGAAAUACAGAAGUUGCACAUUUAACGGCACUUUCUAAUCUAGUCAAAAAAACAUUAAACAGUUUUAAUAUUAACCUCAAAGAAUCUAAUAAUGUAAUAGACAAUAGUUUUAUUGAUAUCAUGGAUGUGUUUAAUAACUUUAGACAGGAUGUUAGGAAUUAUGGCAUAGUGAACAAAAAUAAAGAUAUUCUGAAAUUUUGUGAUUUAGCUAGAAAUCAACUAAAUAAUUAUGGUGUUGUUGUUAAUGAUCAUGGAAACAUGUCUUCAUGGUCUAAAAUGUAGAUAAAUA